AUGGCAUUGGGAUUUUGCGGGAAUGUCCCUGGGAGCAUCAAGCCAUUGAUCUUCAACCUGAACGUGUAUGCAACCAAGGGCCAUCCUCCGACCAUCAUCGACACCCCCGAGCGGGUCUCCCAGCUGAUGGACGAUCUCCUCUUGGACCCCACCGAGAACUUAUACGUCGAUCUCGAAGGCGAGAACCUCUGCCGCCACGGCACGAUCACAAUAGUGGCUAUCCACCUCAUAGAGCCGCGUCAGACCUACCUCGUGGACGUGCACACCCUAGGCGACGCAGCCUCCCACACCCCGGCCGCCACCGACAACACCACCACCCUCAAGACAAUCCUCGAAUCGCCCACCCGGACCAAAGUGUUCUUGGACGUGCGCAGCGACUCCGACGCCCUUCGAGUCCUGUACGACAUCCUCCUCCAAGGCGCCGAGGACGUCCAGAUCAUGGAGCUCGGGUUCCGCCAGUGCACCGGCGGCUGGCUCCGGAGGCUUGGUCCUGCCGCCGGCGACGUGGUGCUCCUGCCGCAGCGGCGGCGGGAGUACAUUGCCACGCUCGACGAUUUUCAGAUGUGGUCCGUGGAGCGGGAGACGGCAGUGCGGUGGGAGGAGUCUCAGGAUGAUGGGUAUGUGCUGCGUGGACGACGCAAGGCCUUGGUGCCGUGGGCGGUGGGCGACUUUGAGAACUGGAAUAAGGAGUAUAACCGGAUGAUUGAGGACGAAUACUACCCUACUGAAAAUCAUGAAUCGGAGGCCUCUGAUGCCGAGAACUACUUCUUUUGGUCCCAUCAAGUGUCCUUCUGGUUCUAUGAGGUGGCUCUAUGA